AUGCGUUUGGCAUACUUGGGGUUGGCGAUACUGUCAUGGCCGUUGACUCUCGCCACAAUUUUACAAAAUGGCCAAAUCAAGGAUAAUCCGUAUCCUGGUCAAGCACCUGUGAUCGCGCUGGACGAGUCAUGGAGGAAUUAUGGAGCGGAUGUCCCUGAAAUCGCCUACAAGGGUCGCUGGGAUAGCCAACACAUUUCAUGUACGUUAAUGAUGUCCUCAAAAAGAAUGUUGAAUGUUCUGACCCCAAAAUUUCUAAUACGUAUUCUUUUAACCAUCAGAGCACCUGGAAUUAAACUUCAGUUCUCUGGCAAGAAGCUUGCUAUUAGCUUCGGACCACAAACCAAUGAAGGAACUCUGGUCGCAUACCGCCUGGGAAACCUCGACUGGCAAUAUUCCAAUGUCACGGCCGACGCUACCUACCAAUUCAUCGGAGAUUGGACCGAGUUGGAUGAGGGCUUGGUGAACGUUCAAAAGACCUUUGAGAUGAGAGCAGGUGUCUCCACAGGAAGCAACUACGAGCUUACCGUUCCUCCGAAAUUCCAAAAAAAGGUCGAAAUUAUUGGUGGCAGUAUUGCCUCGGGACAAUAUGGAUCCUACGAGACUCUUUCAUCCUGGGCCUACCUCUUUGUGGCUGGUCUAGGAAACGUUGAGCACACCUUGACCAGCUAUGCAGGCGCUUGUCUGGUGGAUCAACAGUGUUAUGACGGACACGCCCGCGGCAUGACAUGGUACUGGCACCGUGCCUCCGACCCCGGCAGUCGAUCCCGCCAGAUUUGGCCUGAAGAACCCGAAAUCUUCGACAACUCAGCCGAGCAGCCCGCCGAUCUCGUUCUCAUCCAAAUGGGCGGCAAUGACUUCCGACAUCCGAACGAAAUCCCCGGCCGAAACUUCUACCAUGCAUACGUGGAGCUGAUUGAGGAUAUCCAUAAGACCUGGCCCAACGCUAUUGUCCUCAUUGUGUCACAAUGGUGGGUUUGGCGGAAGGAAGGACUCAACUACAACCCCAGCAUGGCAUACGAGCAAGAAGGAAGAGAUGUCCACGAGCAUUUCAAGGACCGCGGCUUCGUUUAUUACUUUGACACCACCGGAAUUCUACAACACAACGAUAUCAACCCGAUGAACCAUCCCACAGACGUUGGUCACAUCAAAUUGGCCAGCCACCUGCUGCAAUGGACAAAACUUGUCCUGAGGUGGAACCUUGAGCCUCUUGGUGAGGUUCAACAUGGCACACUGUACUGGAACGACAUGCAGGAUUAUUAG